UAUUAUUAUUAUUUUUAUUAUUUUUAUUAUUAUAAAUUUUACUAACUUUAUUUAUGGUCUUUUGUUAAGUUUCUUAUAUUUUAAUUAUUAUUUAUUUUUUCCUCUCAUAUUUUCUUGCAUUAUUUUUUUCAAAAUGGAAAUGUAAAGUCCAUUACUUUUUCCUAUAUUUAUUAGAGUAAUUUGCGGCAUAAAUACCUAAGUUUAACUCUUAGUUACAAGUAAAUACAUAAGUUUAAUUUUUGGCGGUAGUAAUACCGUAUAUUUUUAGAACUUUCUAGGUACUUAAUCGUUAAAUGUUAAGUCAUUAUUCGCGUGUCAUUUUUUUAUUAGUACAUUUAAAUUAAUUUUUUUAAAAAAUAAAAAUUUAAUAACUUGAACCAAUUAGGAGUGAUUAUGUGGCAAUUUACUUAAAACUUAACAUGUACCUACAAAAGCUUUAAAAUUAUAAUUUCGGUAUUAAUACUGUCAAAAAUUAAACUUAAAUAUUUAUUUACUGAAAGUUAAACUUAAAAAUUUAUGCCAAAAAUUACUAAAUAAAACCUGAUAGCCUAGGGAGGCCCAAUUAAUCGAACCCACUUCUGUUUUAAAUAGCCUGAGUGUCUACACUUUUUGCUUGAGAAUCCAACAGUUAUAUUUUUUAAUUUUUCCUCUCCUCACUCAAAGUGGACUGAAAGAGAAGAGAAGAGAAAAGUAGGGUGUUUGGCAGAAGAGAAAAUCAGAUAGAAAAUAAUGUGGAUGGUUUACGUUUGCGAAGAGGAGAAGAAGGAACUGGGACGACAACAGGCUCCUGGAUCGUGCCCUAAAUGCGGUGGAAAGGUGGAAGCCAUUGAUGUUGAAACCAAGAGGAGAUUCUGUUUUCUUCCAAUGUGCUUCAACAUCAAGAGGAAGUAUUUUUGCACUGUGUGUUCCAGACGACUAGUCUUGUACUACUAGCCAAGCCAAGCCAAACUACUCCCAGAUCUCCAUACCCAUAUCAUGCAUCUUUCUUUUAAUUCAAAUUUCAUUCUCAUCCCUCAUCCCAUGCUCAUCUUUCUUUUUCAAUUUUCAUAUCAAAAUAAUUUAGAAUCAGUGAAUGUGAAUAUUUGGGG